CAGCCGCUCGUCAUGCAGCGUCAGUCGGGAGUCGCACAAUUAUGAAAAAGCAACCUUCCGCUGGAGCUGCAGCCGAAGCGGAUCUCUCCAACGUACACCGGGCUUUCCUUCCAAGGCUAACCGAGAGCACCGCGGAUAGAUGGAUAAAAGCCACGACGCAGCUCUUCCUGAGUCUCAACGGUGAAGAGAAUGUCCCAGAAAUCCUGGAUAGAAAGCACUUUCACCAAGCGGGAAUGUGUGUACAUACUUCCAGUGUCAAAGGACCCCCACAGAUGCCUUCCAGGAUGCCAGAUUUGCCAACAGCUAGUCCGAUGCUGCUGUGGUCGGCUGGUGCGGCAGCAUGUUGGCUUCACGGCCAGCUUGGCCGCGAAGUACUCGGACGUGAAGUUGGGUGAGAACCCCAACCUGACCGAGCAGGAGUGGUCGGUGGAGAAACACACAGAGGCCAGCCCUACUGACGCCUAUGGUGUCAUCAACUUCCAGGGAGGGUCUCACUCAUACAGAGCCAAGUAUGUGCGUGUGUCCCACGACACGCGGCCGGAGAGCAUCCUGCGGCUGAUGCUGAAGGAUUGGCAUAUGGAGCUUCCCAAGAUCCUCAUCUCUGUCCAUGGAGGGGUUCAGAACUUCGAGCUGCACCCACGCAUCAAGCAGGUGGUGGGCAAGGGCCUCAUCAAAGCUGCCGUCACCACCGGGGCCUGGAUCCUCACCGGAGGGGUCAACACAGGUGUGGCAAAGCAUGUGGGAGACGCUCUCAAAGAACACUGCUCAAGAUCAUCAAAGAAAAUUUGCACUAUUGGGAUUGCACCCUGGGGAGCCCUUGAAAACCGGAAUGAUCUCAUUGGCCGAGACAUCAUCGCUCCGUAUCAGACGCUGCUGAACCCUCUCAGCAAACUAAACGUUCUCAACAAUCUGCAUUCCCAUUUCCUCCUGGUGGAUGAUGGGACAGUGGGCCGGUACGGCGCCGAGGUCCAACUGCGGCGAGACUUGGAGAAGCACAUCAACCUCCAAAGAAUACACGCACGAAUUGGUCAGGGUGUUCCUGUUGUGGCCCUGAUCCUCGAGGGGGGUCCCAAUGUGAUCCUGACGGUGCUGGAGUACCUGCAGGAGAGCCCCCCUGUCCCGGUGGUGGUGUGUGAGGGGACGGGCCGCGCUGCUGACAUUCUGGCCUACGUCCACAAGCAGACCGAGGAGGGAGGGAGUCUUCCUGAUGGUGUGGAGACCGACAUCAUCGCAACCAUCAAGAAAACCUUCAACUUCAGCCAAAGCGAUGCCAUCCAUCUCUUUCAGACUCUGAUGGAGUGCAUGAAGAGCAAAGAAUUGAUCACUGUGUUUCACAUCAGCUCCGAGGAUCACCAGGACAUCGACGUGGCCAUUCUGAGGGCUUUACUCCAAGGCACAAACUCGUCUGCCUUCGAUCAGCUGGUCCUGACUCUGGCCUGGGACCGGGUGGACAUUGCCAAGAAUCAUGUGUUUGUGUACGGACAGCAGCUCAUGGUGAGCUCUCUGGAGCAGGCCAUGCUGGAUGCCCUCGUGAUGGACAGGGUGGACUUUGUUAAGUUGCUCAUAGAAAAUGGCGUGAGCAUGCAUCGUUUCCUGACUAUCAGUCGGCUAGAGGAGCUCUACAACACGAAACAGCAACCCAACAACCCCACUCUCCUCCACCUGGUUAGAGAUAUUAAACAGAGUCAUCUACCUCCAAACUAUAAGAUCACAUUGAUUGAUGUGGGCCUGGUUAUUGAGUACCUGAUGGGCGGGACUUACAGGUGCAACUACACCAGGAAGCGCUUCAGAAUCAUUUACAAUAAUCUACAUGGCAGCAAUAGGAGGUCGGGGCGCCACCCUGCAGGUCCUGGUUCUCAUUUGAGAAAAAAUAACGAGUCCUUCAGCAUGCAGGCUGACAAGAAGGAGAAGACGAGGCACAACCACUUCAUCAAAACUGCACAGCCAUACAAACCUAAGCUUGAGUCUUCCAUCGAGCAGAACAAAAAGAGAAGCAAAGAAGAGAUCGUGGACAUAGACGACCCGGAGACGCGGCGGUUCCCCUACCCUUUCAAUGAGCUGCUGGUGUGGGCCGUGCUGAUGAAGAGGCAGAAAAUGUCGCUGUUCUUCUGGCAGCACGGCGAGGAGAACAUGGCGAAGGCGCUGGUGGCCUGCAAGCUCUCUCGAUCUAUGGGCUACGAGGCCAAGAAGAGCGACGUGGUAGACGACACCUCCGAGGAGCUCAAGGAGCACUCAAAUGAGUUUGGGACGUUGGCAGUGGACCUGCUGGAGGAGUCGUUCAGGCAGGAUGAGACCAUGGCCAUGAAGCUGCUCACCUACGAGCUGAAGAACUGGAGCAACUCCACCUGUCUGAAGCUGGCCGUCUCCUCCCACCUGCGGCCCUUCGUGGCUCACACCUGCACCCAGUUCCUGUUGUCCGACAUGUGGAUGGGACGGCUGAACAUGCGAAAGAACUCCUGGUACAAGGUGAUUCUGAGCAUCCUGGUGCCUCCGGCCAUCCUCCUGCUGGAGUACAAGUCCAAGGCCGAGAUGGCUCACAUCCCUCAGAGUCAGGACGACCACCAGAUCACCAUGGAGGACAGCGAGCACAACUUCCAGAACAUCGUUGAUGACAUCCAGAUGGAUGUCUUCAAGGAGGCCAGAUCCAACGACAACGUGGAGACAAAGAGCGACAUAGACACACAGAUUCGCUCCAGGAAGCUGCCCCUAACCAGGAAAAUAUAUGCCUUCUACCACGCUCCAAUCGUCAAGUUCUGGUCCAACACGCUCUUCUAUCUGGGCUUCCUGAUGUUCUACUCGUACGUGGUGUUGGUGAAGAUGCCCGAGUGGCCUUCUCCUCAGGAGUGGGUCGUCAUCCUCUACAUAUUCACCUCUGCCAUCGAGAAAAUUCGAGAGAUGUUUAUGUCUGAAGCGGGCAAAAUAUCCCAGAAGAUAAAGGUGUGGUUCAGUGACUACUUUAAUGUGUCCGACUUUCUGGCCAUUGUGACCUUUUUUAUCGGCUUCGGCCUGAGAUUGGCUGGAGGUGAAGCCUUCGUCCCCGGCAGGACGGUGUAUUGUCUGAAUAUUAUCUUCUGGUACGUGCGACUCCUGGACAUCCUGGCUGUCAACCAGCAGGCUGGACCGUACGUCAUGAUGAUCGCUAAAAUGGUGGCCAACAUGUUUUAUAUUGUGGUAAUAAUGGCUAUAGUCCUGCUGAGCUAUGGCGUUCCCCGGAAAGCCAUUCUGUAUCCACAUGAGGAGCCCAGCUGGUCGCUGGCCAAAGACGUGGUCUUCCAGCCGUACUGGAUGAUGUACGGGGAAGUGUAUGCCUAUGAAAUCGACGUGUGUGCCAAUAACAGUGACGUAGCAGUAAAGUCAUUGUGUACGGCGGGAGUGUGGCUGACUCCUCUCCUACAAGCAGUCUACCUCUUUGUUCAGUAUAUCCUAAUGGUCAACCUCCUCAUCGCCUUCUUCAACAAUGUGUAUCUGCAAGUGAAGUCCAUUUCUAAUCUGGUGUGGAAGUACCAGCGCUACCACUUCAUUAUGGCCUACCAUGAGAAGCCGGUCCUCCCCCCCCCCUUCAUCCUCCUCUGCCAUAUCUACUCCCUCUUCUGUAUGUGUCGGAAGAGAAAGAAGGAGCAUACCUACGGACCAAAGCUGUUUCUCACAGAGGAGGACCAAAAGAAGCUUCAUGAUUUUGAGGAGCAGUGUGUGGAGACGUACUUUCAUGAAAAGGAUGAUCAGUUUCACUCGGGGAGUGAGGAGCGCAUCCGUCUAACCUCAGAAAGGGUUGAGACCAUGUGUAUGCAGCUGAAGGAGGUCGGGAACAAAGUGAACUUCAUAAAGCGCUCUUUGCACACUCUGGACUCUCAGAUCGGACACCUGCAGGACCUCUCUGCCCUCACUGUGGACACGCUGAAGACCCUCACUGCUCAGAGGGCAUCAGAGGCCAGCAAGGUCCACAACCAGAUCACCCGGGAGCUCAGCCUCUCCAAGAACGUCGUCCCCAACAUCGGCUCUGUGGCUUCAGACACUGGGCCCCACUCCAAAACAUCCAUGAUGGGCAAACACAGUGUGGGGCUGGUCCCCACCAUGAACCCAGCGUUGAGUCCAGAGAGGAGGGGGUUGUUUGGGCUUGGGCACUUUGCUGCAGAGGCCGUCUUCCCAGGCAGCUCCUGUGGCUUUGUCCAAAGUGCUGUGGCCAUUUCCCCUCCGGAGCUGCGUCUCCGCGGCCACUCUCUCACCCGGAAUAAACCGACCCGUCCACAGGAGCCGGGCUUUUCCGACUCUCCCUCCAGCCUGCCCUGUGUGCCCUCCCCGGGGGCCCAGUUCCACCUCAGCAGCACCCCAGCCCAGCCCAGCGGCUCCAGCCACCCAGAACUCGCCCUAGCUAGGCUUUACCAGCCAGACUGCACCACUGUAGAGUUUGGGGCGUUUGUGGGUAAGUACAAGACCGAGGGUGAAACUAGUGUUGAUGCUGAGAUCUCAGAGGAGGGGGAAAGCUGUGUGUGUGUGUAUCCGACUGUUGUUGUUGUCUCUAAGACUUCGGGCUCUGCUCAGCCUGCUUGCUUUCCUGCUUGCACUGCGAAGCCAGAAAACACAGAGGGGUUAGAAGGGGGGGAGAGAAAAGGGGAGGGAGGUUUAGGGUACGUGAACGAGGCCUUCUGCGACGACGAGGGCAGAUCCGGUUCUCUGAGCACAGACACUGAAGUCCCACCAGCUCCUGAAGCUGAAUCAUCACGGGGUCAAACUCAGGGAAACGGCAGCAAGCCAGUUUGUGUGCAGGCCCCUGCUGUGGCACCCAGGAAACCCCACAGACAAAGGAGAAGGGAAUGGAAUAUGUCAGGACGGUCGGCUCCUGCAGCGCCUGGCUGUUCAACGAGAGGACAUAAAGACAGUAUGGACCUCCAGCUCUCGGCUCCCAAAGAGAGAUCCAGCUCAAGGCAGAGCCCGGUGUCAGAGAGCCGACUGCAGCUGAGUGCAUGUGCUCUGCCUUCAGGUCCCGCUCACAUCCGAUCAGUCAACUCCUACGCCGGCUUCACAGAGUUCGACAGAGAACCUGCUUCCCUCCAUCCUGAAUCCACUCUGACAAAGAGGGACAGGAGCCGGUCGUCAGCUGAAGACAUCCUCGCCCACGAGGACCCCCGGCCUGCAGGCCUGGAGAGAGUUCAGGGCAAGUCAGCCCAAGCCAGCAGCCUACGAGCCCCUGGGGAAGAAUCACCCAACGUGAUUACAGCAGCUUCAGUUUCUCUCUACACGCCCCGACACAGCCACCUGGGAGCCAGGAAGGACUCUAUUGGCUCUCCAUUCAAGCCCAUAGAAAGCUUCAUGUACUCAGCUGUGGAGCGCAACAACCUGAUGAGGCUGUCUCAGAGCAUCCCCUUCACCCCGGUACCCCCUAGAGGAGAGCCGGUGACGGUGUACCGGCUGGAGGAGAGCUCCCCCAACACCAUCAACAACAGCAUGUCUUCCUGGGCCCAGCGGGGCCUCUGUGCCAAAAUAGAGUUUCUCAGCAAGGAGGAGAUGGGCGGGGGUCUCAGGCGGGCCCUCAAGGUGCUCUGCACCUGGUCAGAGUACGACAUCCUCAAACCAGGACAUCUGUAUAUAGUCAAAUCCUUCCUUCCAGAGGUGGUCCAAACCUGGCAGAGCAUCUACAAGGAAGACACCGUGCUGCACCUCUGUCUCAGGGAAAUUCAACAACAACGAGCUGCUCAGAAACUGACAUUUGCCUUUAACCAAAUCAGGCCGAAGACGAUCCCUUACUCUCCGAGGUUUCUGGAGGUGUAUCUGCUCUACUGUCACUCUGCCGGACAGUGGUUUGCGAUAGAGGAGUGCAUCACCGGAGAGUUCAGGAAGUUCAACAACAACAACGGAGAUGAGAUCGUGCCCACCAACCUGCUGGAGGAAACCAUGCUGGCCUUCAGCCACUGGUCCUACGAGUACACCCGCGGAGAGCUGCUGGUGCUCGACCUGCAGGGGGUCGGCGAGAUUCUGACAGAUCCAUCUGUUAUUACGAGCGGUGAGAAGGGAUCCUAUGAUAUGAUUUUUGGACCGGCCAACCUGGGGGAUGAUGCCAUCAGGAACUUCAGAGCCAAACACCACUGCAACUCCUGCUGCCGCAAACUCAAACUCCCAGAUAUAAAGCGUAAUGACUACACCCCGGAUAAGGUGACGUUCCCACAGGAGGACCCUCCGAAUCCAGGGGGCGGGGUCAAAGAGAAAGAGUCCCGCCAAUCAAUGAGGCUGAUGCUGUGAGCGGAUCGGAACGAGGAAGUGAACGAGCGAGAGAGAAUCAUGUCAAGGACGCUAUUUCAGAUCAAUGUUUAGUCGAAGCCAAGGAGCAGAGAGGCGCACCCAAUCAACUGGAAGAAUCACACCUGAGUUUCCAUGGAAACCAGUGCAUGCAGACUGUGUCAUGCUUUUGUCCAUCCCGCCAAAACGCUGUCGAACACAAUUCAACCAUCUUAACCUUGUUUUGUUUUUUUUAAAGUAAAAAUACACGAGGAGAAGAUGUUUUUAAACAUAUUUUGUACAAGUUUAUGAAAAUAUAUAUAUAUAUACGAACUGGAUAUAUCCACAGGUACCGUUUUGUUGCAGAGGGUUUAUUAUUUAUUAUGAAGUUUGAGAAGUUGCCUUGUUUUAAGAAAAAAAAAAGAACACAUCUAAGUGCAUUGUACAUCUGUUACAGCAGCUUCAGAGGACGGCUGCUGAGCCACUGCUACACCACAUCAUUUUUAUAAUGUGUAAAGACUUGUAUCACAACCUUUUGUCUCUUAGUUAAUGAACAGAUAUACAUGAAUUUGAAAAUCUUGUAAAAUAUGGGCAGAUUGCAAUGCAACUUUUACAGAACAAUGUAUGUAAUGUUAUUGUAUUGAGAGUGUGUCCACCAACAUAUUGCUGAUAGUUUUUAUUGUUACAAAGGUACUAUUGCUAUAUCUUUGUCAUCAACUAUUGUAUGAGCAAAUUACAAUCUAGUGUAUCUUAUAGAUACUGUUAUCUGGCAUGAGCUGAACAGAUUAAAAAUAUUUUAUUCAGGGGAACUGACAGACGUAAGGGUAUUACUGUAAACAUUUUGUACUGGACAUCAUUUUAAAACAAAUAAAAUGUUAAAAAAGCUUUGGCAACAUCGUUUCUAAAUCA